AAGAUGCUUUCAAUGACUUCAUUGGAAGAAUUCUGCAAGGGAGACUUAACCACUCCUGCCUUGAAGCUGGCAUGAUGGUGGAUUCCCAGCUGACCAGUUUAGACCCGAAUGGCACAAAAUGCUUCUACUUCACAUGCUUAUACGCUGCAGGAAUUGUUAACGAGUACGGCCCGAAGAACGCCAGCACUGCUUCCUGCAUUCUAGGCUUGCCAUUGUCAGCCUCAGCGACGACAGACAAGUCAUCGAACCAUUUGAGCAGGAACAUGAUUAUUGGAUUGUCGGGUGCUCUUGUCGGCGUUCUGCUUGCUGUCGGAGUGAUCAUCCUGUACAGAAAACGGCGCAAGAAAGAUACGCAACAGGCUUUGCAUGAAGAAUAUGUGAGCAGUUUCAGAGCCAGCGUAUUACCCAACACGGGCGCAAAAUGGUUUCACGUGUCGGAGCUGGAGCGAGCCACGAACAGGUUUUGUCAGAGGAAUUUGAUCGGUCAAGGCGCACAUGGGGUUGUUUACAGAGGAGCUCUUGCGGAUGGAACUUUGGUUGCGGUGAAACAACUUCUUGAUUUGGAUUCCGAAGGGGACGAAGACUUUUGCAAUGAGGUUGAGAUCAUUAGCAAAAUUAGACACAGAAAUCUUCUCUCCCUGCGAGGCUGCUGCGUUACGAGCGACAAUCUGGAAGGAAAGAGGAGGUUUUUGGUCUACGAUUUCAUGUCGAACGGCAGCCUUGGUGAUCAAUUGUAUGAACAGAGCAGAAAGCAAUUGAUGACAUGGCCUCAGCGCAAGAGCAUAAUUCUUGAUGUCGCCAAAGGGCUUGCUUACUUGCAUUAUGGAAUAAAACCGGCGAUUUAUCACCGAGACAUAAAGGCCAACAACAUACUUCUUGACUCGGAAAUGAAGGCCAGAGUGGCGGAUUUCGGCCUGGCCAAGCAAAGCAACGAAGGCGAGUCUCAUCUCACCACCAGGGUUGCCGGCACGCAUGGUUACUUGGCGCCAGAGUAUGCUCUGUACGGGCAACUAACAGAGAAGAGCGAUGUUUACAGCUUUGGGGUUGUGAUUCUGGAGAUUAUGAGUGGGAGGAAAGUGCUGGACACAUCAAAUUCUGCAGUGCUGUUGAUCACGGACUGGGCUUGGAUGCUUGCAAAAUCAGGAAAAGUGGAAGAAAUAUUCGAUGAGGGGAUAAGAAAAGAAGGGCCAAAACCUGUGAUGGAGAGGUUUGUUCUCGUGGGGAUGCUUUGUGCUCAUGUUAUGGUGGCUUUUAGGCCCACCAUUGAUGUGGCGCUUAAGAUGUUGGAGGGUGACAUUGAGAUUCCUAGAUUACCAGACAGGCCAUUGCCGCUUAGUCACGAGUCAUUUAGAUCUUCUCUGCACUGGAGUUUUUGAGCUGCCCAGUACGAAUACAGUGUAGGCUGGAAAACCCAGAUCUUCAAAGGUGCAUGGCUAUUAAUUUAGUUAUCCAAUUUUAUAGAAUUAAUUCAACUCUGAAAUCACACUGAAUGUAAUGUUAGAUAGAAGAUGAUCAUAUUUGUAACCAUCAAAAUGUGCAUAGGUUUCUUGUUGGUAAAUGUUA